AUGGAAAUGGGCAUAUACCCGUUUACGCAUGACCAACAACCCUUAAUGGAUCAUGCUCCGGAUUUAGAGGAAAAGGUACCAACCGUGUACGGAAAUGUGAAAGUGACGAUCUAUGGUGAUCGUAAAAGACAUCCAAUCGUAACAUUCCAUGAUUUGGCCCUUGAUUCUGAAAACAAUUUCCAAAAUUUUUUCCAAUUCGGCUCAGUAGCGGAUUUCACCGAAAAGUUUUGUGUUUAUAACAUUAACGCACCAGGACAAGAAAUGGACGCAGCGCCAUUACCUGAGAAUUACGUUUAUCCAACAAUGGACGGUCUCGCAAAAAUUGUCGAAGCAUGUGUGAAGCAUUUCGAGAUAAAAAGUUUCAUUGGCUUUGGUGUUGGUGCGGGAGCGAACGUGAUGUUAAGAUAUGCGCGUGAACUUCCAUCAAAUUGUACUGAUGAUGAGUUAUAUUAUUCAGUUUUGGUUGGUUGGACCGUUGCAAAAUUGCAUUUUGCAUUUUGUAUGAUAGCAAUUCUUUUGAGCUGA